AUGGCGGAGCAGCCGCUGGACCACGGCGUCCAGAUCCGCUUCAUCCGCGAGCUCGGCGAGGCGCGGCGCGCCCCGCGCCCCCCGCGCCCCCGCGGCGGCUCCUACGGCGUGGCCGUGCGGGUGCGGGGCAUCGCCGGGCAGCCCUUCGUGGUGCUCAACGGCGGCGGCGGCGGCGGCGACAGCUUCGGCGUGCGCAUCCAAGGGGCGCGGCCCCAGGCGCCCCCGAAUCCCCCCGCAGCCCGGGCCCCGGGCGGCCCCGCGGAGCGGCGCGGCGGCGAGGGCGGAUUUUGGGAUGCGGGGAUGCGCGGGGCGCCCGCGUUCGCAGAGCGGGACGGUUCCCGGGGGGGGCCCGAGUUUGUGGAUGAGGAAGGUUCGGGGGGGUCCCCGGGGGUCCCCAAAUCCUGGGAUGAGGAGCGAAGGAAGGGCCCCAGAUCCUCGGAGCACGAAAUUCCAGGGGGGUCCUCGGGGGUCCCCAAGUCCUGGGAUGAGGAGCUAAGGAAGGGCCCCAGAUCCUCGGAGCACGAAAUUCCAGGGGGGACCCCGGGGGUCCCCAAAUCCUCCUGGGAUGAGGAAACUUCGGGGCAAUCUCGGGGCAUCCCGAAAUUCUCGGAUCAGGACCCGGGAAGAUCCCGAGAUGCCCCAAAAUCCUCGGCUCAGCAGCCGAAAAUCCCCAAAUGCUCGGAGGAGCUGCGCCGAUCCCAAUCCCACGGGGACCUCAGCGCGCCUCUCCCCAGGAGCGGGGAGAAAUUGGGAAAAAAGGACGCGGAAAUUCCCAAAAUCCCUGGCGACGUGGACACGGAGCCGCUGCGCUCCGUGGAUUCCCUGAUCACGAAAUUCGACGGGAAUUUGCCCCGCGGGCGAGCGGCGCGGAGGUUCCGCGGCCCCGCGGCGGCUCCGAGGAAACGCUCGCAGAGUUUGGAGGCGCGGAAUUCCCGGGAAUCCGCCGCGAUCCCGCCCCCGAGAACUCCUGGAAUCCUGGGUAGACUUGAGGAGGCUUUGGGAUUUUUUGCCAUCCCCAACGGGUUUCCCCAUCCCGAAUCCCAACUUUUCCCACCCCAGGAGCUGCAGGAGUGCCGGGAGCAGCUGCGGCGCCGGGAGCGGGAGCUGCAGGCGCUCCGGGGCGCCCUGAAGGCCGAGGUGGCCGCGCACGAUUCCCACCUGGAGCGGCUCCGGAGCGAGGUGGAGGCGCUCCGGGCAGAAACGGAACGAGCGGCACAGGAGAAAUCCAGCCUGGAGCAGGAACGGGAAAACUUGGGAAUGCAGCUCCGGAAUCUGCGGCGGGAGCUGGAGGAGAGCACAGAGGAGACGGAGCAGUGGCGGGAAAUGUUCCAGAAAAACAAGGAAGAGCUCCGGAAUUCCAAGCAGGAGCUGCUGCAGGUGCAGCUGGAGCGGGAGGAGUUGGAGGAGGAGCUCCGGGAGCUCCGGGAGCGAUUCCAGGCGGCGCGGGAGGAUCGGGAUCGGAGCGACCCCCAGGAGCUGGAAAAGCUCCGGAAGGAGCUGGAGCAGGGCCAGAAGGAUCUGGAAAAGCUUCGGGGGGAGCGGGACGAGGCUGCCCAGGCCCAGAUUUCCCUUGGAUCGGCACUGGAGGCAUCAGAGGAGGCACGGAAAGUUCUGGAAUCACAGCUGGAGGAAUCCCAGGAAGAGCGGGAAAAAUUUCCCAUUCCCAGCGGGUUUCCCCAUCCCGAAUCCCAACUUUUCCCACCCCAGGAGCUGCAGGAGUGCCGGGAGCAGCUGCGGCGCCGGGAGCGGGAGCUGCAGGCGCUCCGGGGCGCCCUGAAGGCCGAGGUGGCCGCGCACGAUUCCCACCUGGAGCGGCUCCGGAGCGAGGUGGAGGCGCUCCGGGCAGAAACGGAGCGAGCGGCACAGGAGAAAUCCAGCCUGGAGCAGGAACGGGAAAACUUGGGAAUGCAGCUCCGGAAUCUGCGGCGGGAGCUGGAGGAGAGCACAGAGGAGACGGAGCAGUGGCGGGAAAUGUUCCAGAAAAACAAGGAAGAGCUCCGGAAUUCCAAGCAGGAGCUGCUGCAGGUGCAGCUGGAGCGGGAGGAGUUGGAGGAGGAGCUCCGGGAGCUCCGGGAGCGAUUCCAGGCGGCGCGGGAGGAUCGGGAUCGGAGCGACCCCCAGGAGCUGGAAAAGCUCCGGAAGGAGCUGGAGCAGGGCCGGAAGGAUCUGGAAAAGCUUCGGGGGGAGCGGGACGAGGCUGCCCAGGCCCAGAUUUCCCUUGGAUCGGCACUGGAGGCAUCAGAGGAGGCACGGAAAGUUCUGGAAUCGCAGCUGGAGGAAUCCCAGGAAGAGCGGGAAAAGUGGGAACAGCUCCGGGAGAAAGCGGCCGAACUGGAGGCGGAGCGCGCGGCGCUGGCCGGGGCGGCGGAGCGGGAGCGGGAGCUGCGGCGCCGCCGGGAUUCCCUGGAAUCGCGCCUGGAGCGGGCCCAGCGGGAGCUGCGGGAUUUGGGAUCGGCGCUGGGCCAGGAGCGCCGGCGGCGGGAGCGGCUCAGCCACGAGCUGGAGCAGAUGACAGCGGAGUCCCAGAGCUCCCUGGCCUCACUGAGAUCCCAACUGGAAGAAUUCCAGGAAAAAUCCCGCCGGGAACUCAUGGAUUCCCAAAAAAUCGCCCAAGACCGUGAGACCGAGGCGGAAAAAUUCCAACAGGACCUUGGGAAGCUCCAGGACGAGAUUUCCCAGCUGAAGGAGACGAUCCAGGAAAAGCGGGAAGAGCGGGAUCGGAUCCUGCUGGACAAGGAGCUGCUGCUCCAGAGGCUCCAGGAGCUGGAGCAGGAGCUGGAAAAUGGGAAGAGAUCCCAGGAGGAGCGAGCCCGGCAUUCCAAAGCUCUGGAGGAAAAGUCCAAACGUUUGGAAUUGGAGCUGGACGAGGAGCGGAGCUCGGUGGAGCUGCUGAGCGAGAGGGUGACCCGGAGCCGGGACCAGAUCGAGCAGCUGCGGGCGGAGCUGCUCCAGGAACGUUCGAGCCGCCAGGACCUGGAAUGUGACAAAUCCUCCCUGGAGCGCCAGAACAGGGAGCUGAAGAACCGGCUGGCCGCUUCCGAGGGGCAGCAGCGGAAUUCCGGGAACAGCCGGAAUUCCCAGCUGGAAUCGCAGCUGGAAGAGCUCCGGGAGCAGCUCCAGGCUGAGGAGAGGGAAAAGAGCGUCCUGCUCUCGUCCAACCGGAAGCUGGAGCGGAAAAUUAAGGAAUUGUCGCUGCAGCUGGACGAGGAGCGGCAGAGCAGCAGCAGCCACAGGGACCAGCUGAGCCUGCGGGUGAAGGCCCUGAAGCGCCAGGUGGAUGAAUCCGAGGAGGAAAUCGAGCGCUUGGAAAACGCCCGGAAAAAAUCCCAGCGGGAGCUGGAGGAGCAGCAGGAGCUCAACGAGCAGCUCCAGCGGCGCCUGAAAUCCAUGGAAAAGGAGGCCUGGCGCCGCGCCGUGGACUCGGCGCUGCGGGACGAGCGGCUGAGCUCGGAUGAGGAACUCGGAUCCUGGUCUCGCCCCGCCCCGCUCUCUCCCAUGGGCGCGGCCGCUCUCAUCUCGGCCCGGGGGGGGCGCGGCGCUCACCUGGCGGCGCUCACCUGGCGCAGGGGCGGCGCUCACCUGGCGGGGCGCUCACCUGGCGCAGGUGCGGGCGCGGCGCUCACCUGGCGCAGGUGCGGAGCUCACCUGGCGCAGGCGCGGAGCUCACCUGGCGCAGGCGCGGAGCUCACCUGGCGCAGGUGCGGAGCUCACCUGGCGCAGUUCAGGGCAGAUUUUUCCCAGCAGGAGCUGAGCAUGAGGCGCCCCGCGGAAUUCCCAGAAUUUCCCAGCCUGGAAGAUUCUGGAGGAGGCCCCAAAUCCAGCUGGAAUCCAGAGGAGGCCGGGCCGGUGCUGAGGCUGCGCCUGCCCCGAGACCCCCCCGGGGAGCCCCGGCCCAAACAGAAGGUUGGGAGUGCCCUCAAAAAACUCCGGGAAGAUUUGAACACCAAACUUCAGGCCCAUACGGAAUUUCGCGAAUUCCGGGAAUUUCACGAAUUCCAGGAAAGCUCAGAGGUGGUGCUGGAGAAGCGGAACCAGAGCUGCUCCUGCCGGGGAAAUUCCCAGGAAAACGCGGAGGACCCCGAGGCCCCGCAGCUCCUCUGGAGGCUCCAGGAGGCGGAAAAGCGGCACCAGCUGGAGCGGGACGGCCUCGAGGAUCACCGGGAUCUGCUGGCGCAGAUGGAGUCGGGACAGGCGGAGCUGGAGCGGCUCCGGAAGGAGGGAGGGGAGAGAGCGGCACAGCAGGAGCGCUCAUCCCAGCUGGAGAAGGAGGUGGCGGCGCUCCGGGAGAAAAUCCAUCACCUGGACGACAUGCUCAAGAGCCAGCAGCGCAAAGUCCGCCAGAUGAUCGAGCAGCUGCAGAAUUCCAAGAGCGUGAUCCAUGCCAAGGACGCGGCGAUCCAGGAGCUGAAGGAAAGGGUUUCCUACCUGGAAGCAGAGAAUCUGGAGAUGCACGACCGGAUCGAGCACCUGAUCGAGAAACAAGUGAGCCGGGGCGGGAGCAGCGCCCGCGCACGCUCCAAGUCGGAAUACGUCAGCAGCAAACGCCUCCCGGGCCCGAAGCCGCUGCCCCUGAUCCGAGUGGUGGAAACCUGA